CCCGUACCGUCCGUGCACGUCUGCCGAGCUAACCGGAUGUACUGUACUGUAUAUAUACCUGCCGGCGCGGCACGACCGGCGUAUUUGAUGAUUUGAUUCACUUCCACCUAAUUUCUGUUUUUAAAUCUCCAUGGUGUUAUACUCAUAGUGCUGGGACACACCCUGGAUCUCAUGCCUAUGAUACAGACAAUCUGUCGUUUUUUAACUGUCAACAAUGGCUCCUAAACGGAGAAAUCUUGUGAAAAACACAUCAAACGGUGAGGCUAGCAACGGCAACUCCACGGCCGUGACGGUGCGCAGGAAAGGCACCGGCUUGCGCACACAUGUAGCUACAUGUACAUCUCCCCCUCUUGUCUCGACAGUGGCGAGAGAGAACGCGGGUUUGAAGAGCCCAUGUACUACUGGCAAUGGCAGGUCAAAACCACUGUCAUGGAAGAUGGCUGUCAAGACGUCAGCGUUGUGCUGUGUGUGCGUAUAUAUUCUGGUACCAGUGUUAGCCCCUAUCGUACCUUUCAUAACUAAGCAGUUUCUUUACCUUUGCCUGGUCAAGAACCCCCUGUCACCUUCUUUGCAAUACCCCGAGAAGCAGCACAUCACAGGGGCCAGAAAUGUUCACAUAGGCACUAUACCCCAUGACGCCGGCAUCCAGUUGGGCCUGUGGCAAAUGUUACCUCGAUCCCUUCAAACUGACAGUAUACACCACAACAGUCAAUUUGAUGCAGCACUGGGAGAUGGCAAACCGAUAAUUCUCUAUCUCCAUGGCAAUGCAGGAUCCAGAGCUGCAGAUCAUCGUCUGCUGUUGUACAGACUUUUGACAGGAAUGGACUUCCACGUCGUGGCCUUAGACUACCGAGGUUUUGGUGAUUCCAGUGGCUGGCCUACGGCAGAGGGAGUGGUGAAUGAUGCUGAGUCUGCCUACAGAUGGGUGGAGGAGAGAAGCAAGGAUGCGCCCAUCUAUGUCUGGGGGCACUCCAUGGGUAGUGGGAUUGGAAGUGCAAUGGUGAAAAGACUGUGCAAAUCAGGCUUGUGCCCACACGGUGUAAUCUUAGAGUCUCCCUACAACAGCAUGCAUGAUGCCAUGAUCAACCACCCCUUCACCAUGCCAUGGUGGGUCCUACCAGGGUUCUUGGCAAUGGUCAGUAAGGCCUACGAGCAAGAGGAGGCAAUGUUCAACACUCAGGAGAACCUCCUGGAAGUCAGCUGCCCAAUUCUCAUCAUCCAUGCAGAAGAUGACUUUGUCGUCCCUUUCAAGUUGGGCAAGAGACUCUAUGACUACAGUGUUGAGCAUCGUGACAAGUCCCUACCCAUGGUGACUUUCCAGUCCUUUGGGUACGACGGCUUUGGACACCGGCACAUUGUGGACUCCCCGGACUUGCCCACGGUUAUCAGGAACUUCAUGAAGCAGUGCUGAAGUUGCAGCAACAGGCAGGAGGCUAUCCAGGUGACUUACGCACUUACAAUGCAAUACAUCUGUCUUCCAUAUGCAGGGUUUGAAGUAUUUCCCAUUCGCACUUGGAAAUUGUCCUUCCUAGAUUUUGGGCUUUCAUAUUUCUGUCUAAACCCUGUUAAAAUUUCUGGAGAGUGAUCAUACAGUUAGCCAGUGUCAUGCCUGAAAAAAAAGGGUCAUGUUAGUCCCAAUGUGAGUCAAGAAAACAGUUUUUUCCUGGACAAGGGAGGCACAGUGUGCUUUAUCACAUUUAUUAUUUUCUUUCCUUUUUAUGUAGCUUUCUCAUUAGGGUGCGAUUUUUAGGGUUUGGAUUUUGCUGUAGUGUGAUUAGUUUGUAGGGAUAGUGACUGGUAACACAGCUUUAUCUAUUCAAGGCUAUAUUUUUAUUUGAGUUUUAUCAGGGCUUUUGGUUUGGCUUCUCAGGAAAUUUCAAGCAUGCAGUUGUUUUUUAGCAUAUACAGUGUAUGAGUUGAAUGCACAGCAAAUGCAAGGAUAAGCUCAAAUCAAUGCAAAUUUUUGAAAGUUAGAAGUUAAUGUAAAAAAUCGUGUAUUGAAAUAAUUUACUUUGAUGCAUGUAAUAAAUACCUUUUUAACUAACAUAUUUUUAUGGAAGAAGACUUAAAUUGAUAAAAAAAAUGUAACAUGUUUUUCUUCAAGGCAGUUGUCAUGAUUUUAGUGACUUUGCAUCAGAUUUUUAAGACUGCAUUGGAGGAUACACGUAGCCCUAAUGUCAUUGCUGAAAUACAUAUGUAAAUAGGUGUGCUAUGAGAUACAAAAUAUGCUUACUACUCAGAAUUAACCUGGUUCACAAGUUGGCCAUAAUGAAUUGAAGGCCGGGUUAUUUUUUAUUUUGGGAACCAAAGAAUGAGUACAAGAAUGAACUAAAUGUUCAUUGCAGAUAAUUGUGUGACACAUUACAUACAAAUCUACAUGUACAUAUAAGACAGAACAGGAGGCCUUUUCACGCUGCAGCCUCUCAACCAGGGCUGAACUCAACCCUGGGUGAACCCACGUCCGCCCUGGGUUAAAAAUGAGAUUUUUCAACCUCACAUUCAACCCAGCAUUGCUUCACACUUGUGUCAUGCAAACUUAGCUUAUGGGGGGUGAGUUCAACCUGAAAGUGAGCAAUGACAAGUUUCAACCAAGGUUGAAAACCUCAACCCUGGUCCAGACCUGGGUUGAGUUCAACCCAGGUUGAAGUCAGUCUCAGGGUUGGUGCAGGGUUGAAAUUUUCAAGUGUGAAUUGUCGCCAGUUUGCAACCCUGCAUCAACCCUGAGGUUUGUCCUGUGUGAAAAGGCUUAGCUGGUCUAUUGUAAUGAUAGUCAAGCCAGCCAUGGGUCUCAUCCGGUCUCACGUUACAUCACAAGCUGUUUUGAUCGACUGCAGUUAAGGCAUUCACUUGUCUGUCAGCCAGUUACUUGCUUCUCCAUCAGACUUGCAGUCUGAGUUGUGAUCAGCUUGUGAUUUGAGCUCUGACUGACAUGCCGUGAUAUGGACUUCAACGCUGCUCGGCAUUUUAAUGGGUUAGCGAGUUUGAACAGUGAAGCUAAGCUGACCAUCUCUUUGAUUGCUUAGUGGUCCGGAUGCCCUGUUGAGACAAGUCUUUGGCUGCCUCAACAGAACAAUAUUGUGCAUGGUGUUACCCAGUUGUAGUGUAUGCUAGAGCAUUCAAAAGCUAUUUAUUUAGCCAAAAUGGUAAGGAAUCAUAGUCAUAUACGAAGAUAGGUGUACUGGUAUGGAAAAAUGUCUGAAAAAUUUAAAAUUUGCAAAAGUGGCAUUGUUGUGUACUGGCCGCUCAGUUUAUCUCAACAAAAACAAUUGGCCACCCUCUACUUGAACAAGACUCUGAUGGACUGUUUUGGCGCCCUCUUGAGGUUCAACUGUUAAAAUCUAUACAUUAAAAAUAUUCAAAUCUAGUGCAAAACAUCACACGAAAGUCAUCCAGCCUGCACUUACGGUAUGGGGGAUACGAGCUGAUCCGAUACCCUAAUCCUUUUUAACCCCCCUCCCCCCGAGAUGCUAAGCGCAGGCCUCCCCCUCUGCUCACUUCAAGUUUUUCUUGGCUGCUUGAGAUGGGUAUGUGGUAACGGGAUAAUGAUAAAUGUACAGGCUAUGUCCUUGUCAGUCUGUUGUGGGGGCUACGGCAGUCUUCUAGUUCAUAACACCAAACAAGUUUUCUCUGUAAAAUGGCAUGAAAGGUUGAGGGAAUUGUCAUAUUUUUGUCCUAGAAAAGUCACUGAAUUGGGACUUUAGACUUCUGUGGGUCUGGAUGCCAUGUGUUCUACACUGUGUGUAGCCUACACGUGUAUCUUAACUCUGCCAUGUGUAAUGAACCUUAGGAUAUAAAUGUAAUUGAAAAUGGGCCUACAUGUAUACUAAUGCAUAUGUACAAUGUCUGUCUGUAAUCACAAGAAUAAUCACUGUGUUAUUAUGCCAUCUUCGUGCAGCUGCAGAAAUGUAUCCUUCAAAUUGAUGUACUCUAUUUCUGUAAUGUCACAGUGUGCCAAGUUGAAUUGGUAUGCCAUUUCAAUGCAUACAACAAUGCAGUUUUACACAGCCCAAUAGCAGAGUCUUACACAUACACGGUACUUUAUACUAAUUGUAAGUUACAGCUGUACUAUAUUCCUGAAUGAUUGUAGUGCUGUGUGGGAUGGCAGUUUGUGCCGAUAUAGCUUAAAUUGGUCAUAAAAUGAAAUUCACACUGAAAGAGGUUUCUGCAAAUAUUUCUUUGUAUCAAACGUGUAAAAGUGAGGGCAUUUCUCUUUUAUUUGGGCAAUGUGUAAGUAAUUUACGGUGUCCAUUCAAGUUCUUGAUGCUUGCAUGUGGAAUUGUUUAAAUACUAGUAAGUGGAUUGCCCUCUUAACGGAAAUAAGCUUCUUGUACCAGCCGCAAAUCCGACAGUUAUUCCAAAAAAAAACACCAGAAUUAACUACAGUGAAGUACAGUAUUUCGGCAAUUUUAGUCAGACCUGAGGGAAACUUUUUUUGACUGAGUAUCCGAACUACCAUCAUUAUGUGUAGCAAAGAGAACCGAUAACACGCCGAGAAAUUGGUAAAAAAUCAUUUAUGCCAAAGUAAAUGGGAUAUCUCUAUUCCAUGAAAUAAAAAACUAUUGUUAUCAGAUCAAUUUAAUGGAUAAUUGUAAGAGUUUGCAUAGUCAAAGAAGGGGUUUUAUUGACAUGUAAUGGUCACGGUGUCUUCCUGAAAGUCUUGUAGUGUCCUGAGAUGUGGCCAAAAGUUGAUUAUUCGUUUUGGCCUGGCAGCAAGCAUGGUGUGGUUGGUUUAUCAUCAGACAUUUUAUUUUAUAUUGCAGUUUUAUUAAGACUUGGUUUCAACAAAGAAAUAAGCAGAUCGUAGAGUAUUUUGGUGAAAAUGCUGACAUUGUGAAGGUAUAAACACAUAAAUAAUGAUUUGAUAAAAACGGUUCUUUAACAUGAUAUCUGUUGUGUUGUAGCUCAAAUUAAUUACAAUAAAAUUUGUUCCAAUGGCAUUGAUCGUGUUUCCUCA